UCGGACCCGUGGGUGAACCUUAUUGUUAAAAUAUUAAUAUAUUAUUACAUAUCACUCCGUGUUGUACAGUAACUAUCCAGAGUUCCAGACCCUCGUCUGUUAUGGCGGCGGUGGCGGUGGCGACGGCGGUGCCGCCGAUACUCGAGCUGGACCCGUCGCACGAUCGAGCCGGCCACGUUAUCGAGGUCAUCGUGCGGCUAGAGCGGAGGAUCUUCCCAAAGCACGAGUCGCUGGCGCGGUCCCUGCACGACGAGCUCAAGCGGCGGAACUCCGGCCUGAUCUACACGACGUCCGUCGCCGACGGCGAGGUCAUCGGGUAUGCUAUGUACACCUGCAACACCUCCCUCUGCGCCACCAUCACCAAGCUCGCCGUGAAGGAGAAUUGCAGGCGGCAGGGCCACGGCGAGGCGCUACUGGCGGCCACAGUGGAGCGUUGCAGGCGGAGGAAGAUCCAGCGGCUCUCCCUGCACGUCGACCCGACGAGGACGGCCGCGGUGGCGCUGUACCUGAAGGCCGGGUUCCAGGUCGACACCACCGUCGAGGGCUACUACGCACCGCACAGGGACGCCUACCGGAUGUACUUGGAUCUGUAGAAUGGUCGAGGACGAGAAGAGAACCAUUGCUUGAUCGGCCAGCACUCCAGUAGCGCGAAGCCAUUAGUGCUUCUGAAAAUUGAUAAUUUCUCUUGACGCACUCUGCUUCUGUGAGAGUUUUUGUCGAGGAUUCACAACUGUAAGAACUAUUGCUUGAAAGACUUCAUACAAUCAUGUUAAUUUUCACUGGAUUCUGAAAAUAAUAUUGUCAUAUUAAAUAGCAUAUGGUUUCAGUAA